UGUAAAAAUUUUGUUGACAACGAACAUGUUCUUCGUACACACAAAUCAUGUUCUCCAUUCAUGUUUCCAAAGAAAAGCAAAAAAAAAUCUCACGUACGCGUAAAAACUUUCAAUAAAUAAAAAUAAGAUCACAAAUUGUCUCUCGUCAGUUCUUCGUCAACCAUGCUGGAGUUUGAACCUGUUGGUCCCGUCAAAAUCGACUGUUUUGGCGCAAACACUCACAUUUACGUGAGCAUCAAUCGCUCCAAUAACAACGAUGAAUUAGGAGAAAAGCGAGAAAUCCCCAAAAAAAUGGUAAUUCUCGAAAAAUAUCGAAAAAUGGCGCCACGAAUUAAGGAAAUGGAAGUUUAUGACGACGACGUUUGGGUUGUAUCGUUUCCAAAAUGCGGCACGACAUGGACUCAGGAGAUGGUUUGGCUUUUGAACAACAAUCUCAACUUUGUCGAGGCGAAAAAGGUCAACUUGCUACAGAGAUUUCCGUUUUUAGAAUUGAGCGGCGUUUUGUCUCAAAUCCCGGAUGGAUCGGAAGACGUGAUUUUUAACGCACCAAGACCGCGUCAUAUCAAAAGUCACUUGAACGUCGAUUUAUUACCCGACAAAAUUUGGUCCAGUCAAGCCAAAAUUAUUUACGUGGCACGCAAUCCAAAAGAUGCAGCAAUCUCCUUUUUUCAUCAUUAUCGGAAUCUCGUGGGGUAUCCGGGCACAAAAGAAGACUUUUUAGACGCCUAUAUGGAAGGAAAAAUCAUUUACGCGCCAUUUUUCGACCAUCUUCUCGGUUUUUGGGACAUCCGAAAGCGAGAAAAUGUUCUUUUUCUCACUUACGAAGACAUGAAACGCGAUAUUAUGGGAGCUCUGAGGAAAACAAGCGACUUUUUGGGCAAAUCUUAUACUGAGGAGCAAUUAAUGCAGGCAGCGGAUCAUUUAUCACUCAAAAAUAUGAGAAACAAUCCUGCAUGCAAUAACGACGAACUCGUACGAGAAGCGCGAAAAUUCAACAAAAUGUCAAGCGAAACGGAAUACAAGUUCAUUCGCAAGGGAGAAACGAAGGCUUUUGAACAGGAAAUGAGCGACGAGUACAAAGCCAAGUUCGAUAAAUGGAUCGCUGAGUCACUCAAAGGCACGGAUUUUCCGUUCAAGUAUUAAAAACUGACCUGUUUCUUGUAAAUUCGCAAUAAAUCUCCUUGAUUUGUCGUGUCACUUCGGAGUUUUUUGAGCUCUGACAGGAUAUCAGCUGUUCGAA